GCGGCCUUGACACUUGCCCAGAACAACGUGCCGGUUCGCAUUAUAGAGAAGGAGCUGCACCACCGACGUGGCCAGCGCGGUCCUGGCAUCCAGCCCCGCACAUUCGAAGUCUUCCACUUUCUGCAUGUCCCCGAGAUCCAUGAACGUGCAACAUUUCUUCCUCUGCUUCAAGAACACAACAGGGGUUCACUCGAAGCCCGCAAAACGUUUGCUAUGUCACCCUACACGGAGCCUACGCCUGCGAUUCCAUACUAUAAUCCCAAACUUAUGGGUCAGAACACACUUGAGGCAAUCUUGCGCGAGCACCUUGCCAAGUUUGGGUGCACCAUCGAAUUAGGCACUCGACUGGUCUCGUUCACGCAAGAUGACAAGUGCGUCAGGGCUAAGAUUGUCAAGCAUCGCGCCGAUGAUGGGGAGGAGCUAGAGGAAGAGAUGGAGGCGGCGUAUUUGGUCGGUGCCGAUGGCGCGAGAGGUGUGACAAGAAAGCAACUCGAACUUGCGUUUGUCGGCUCCACAUUGAGGGAAAACCAUGUUGUGUUGGGCGAUAUACGUUUAGAAGUUAAAGGUCUUGAUCGCGAGUACUGGCACUAUUUUGGCACGAUGUCGCAAGAUAUGAUCUCGUUGCGCCCUACUGACGAGCUUGGCAAGGACGGAUACCAGAUCUUGAUCGGCAGUCAUGUACGCGACAUGAAAGGCCUCCCCCAAGACGAAGAGGCUCUGUUGAAUUGUAUCAAGGAUUUCAUCGGCCUCGGUGAUGAUGUCAACGUCAAGGAGGUGAUGUGGGUUUCGGAAUUUAGACCCAACAUGAGAAUGGUGAACAAGUUUGGUGUGGGAAGGGCUUUCGUUGCUGGAGGUGCGAAUUCUUGCCCUGUACACAGCCCAACUGGUGGGCAAGGUUUAAACACGAGUGUCCAAGAUGCGUUCAACCUUGCCUGGAAACUUGCAUUGGUCUACAAGGGCUUAUCCCCGGCUUCCCUCCUCGAUACUUACACCACCGAACGACUCCCCGUCAUCACUGAAAUGCUCGGCCUCACCAUUGAGAUCCUCAAACUCACCUUCGGCGAGUCCAAGGCCACAGACGCACAGAUAUCUGCUGACGGUAGCGACAACACAAAGAAAGUGAAGUCGAACCUGGAGCGUGCUAUGCAUCGUGGCAAGAAUAUGUACAUGCUCGGCGUGAAUUACCGCACUAGCCCGAUUGUGGUCGACGAGUUUGCACCCGUGUCGAUCCUCGGAGUCGCAGUCGUACACAGUGCAUAUGGGAGCAUCCAAGAGGGGGUUUUGCGAGCUGGUGAUCGUGCACCCGAUGCGCCAGGACUCUUACCGGUCCUGCAGACAGGAGGACCUGGGAUCACUCGUCUUUUUGACAUCUUCGCACCGAUGUAUCAUACCGUUCUCAUAUUCGCACCUGCGUUGGUCGUCCCCGUCGUAUUGUCCGUGCUUGCGACUCUAAAACAGGGCGUCCCGAAUAACGGGUUAGUGAGACCUCUGAUCGUACUUCCUGGGCGUCCCUUUGAUUUAGAUGGGGGAGUCGAAACACUUUCUGUACAAGAUCAGGCUGCUGGCGCGGAAAUAGUCGUAGACCAGGCGGGCCAUGCGUACAGAGGGUAUGUCAUCGAGAAAGACAAGUCUAAGGUCAUUGUUGUACGUCCGGAUGGGGUGGUCGGUGCGAUUGCGCGUGGCACGGAGGGGUUGGGACGAUACUUGGAGGGCGUGUUUGGGGAGAAGAGAGGUGUGGGUGGUGAGGUGGAGGUGAUGUAGAUUGUCGCCCGUUCCAAGUGAUGGUGUUGCCUCUGGAUUUACACUG